AUGGUUCGCGAGACUCGACAUCUGUGGGUUGGAAACUUACCCGAAACUGUGCGAGAGGACAAGAUAAGGGAUCAUUUUAAAAGAUCAUCGAUCAACCAUCCGCGAUUACCAUCUGGCAGCGGUAGCAGCAGUUGGUAUAGCAGUGGUGCCAGCAGCAACGAUAACAGCCCAACAUCGAUCUCCCAGGGCUCCCAUCAGCAUCCCUCCGGCUCGAUUCCAGCACCCACACAGACGCCAGACAGUGGAGGAGGAGUUGCUGGCCAGGGCUACAGCAUCGGUGCAAGCAGUGUGAACAAUGUUAACAACAACAACACCAUCAACAACAACAACUACGAUGGUUAUGCUGUGAAGAAAAAAUCGCAACAAUCACUCCCGAAGUCCCAUCGGGCCGGUUCCGAGUCGGAAGCGCCAAACGAGCUGCACCUGCAUCACCACCACCCACACACGCACCACAACAGCGGCCACAAUCACCACCAAAACCACCAUCAUUCGUCGUCGCGCCACUCGUCUCCGGUGCUGUCAAAUUCGGCCUCCCACGGCCAUUAUCAGCCACCAGUGACGCAUCAUUUGCAUCUGCUGAAUAGCGGUGGAACCGGCGGUGUUGAUCGCAACGAACGGCUGCAUCAUCAACACCACCACCAACAACAACAACAACUGCCGGUGUUGCAUCAAAACCAGCAUCACCACAGGCACCAUCGGCGGUCUGCGUCGCGAUCGCGAUCCCGCUCGCCCAGCAGCAGUUCGUCCUCGUGCUCCUCAUCAACGCACAGUGGUGGUGGGGUGCCGACCCAAGCAGUUGAAGCUGGCACGACGACGAACCAUUCAGGGGGGCGUGGUGGCAGUGGCAGCAGCGGUAGUGGUACCGGAGGGGCAUCAUCUGGUGGACUGCUGCCAUCGUUGCCGUCGCCCUAUGGCCGCGUUGAUGCUGCUGCAAACUGCUCGUCGCCAUCAGCAACCACCGCAGUAAACAGCGGUCGAACUCUGCUGCAGUCGGCCAUCUCGACGGCAGCAACAGUAGCAGCAGCGGCAGCCGCAGCAGCAGCAGCAACAGCCGCAGCAGCAGCAGCAGCAUCUUCUGCUUUGCCAGCAGCGACAACACCGCACGUCGGAAGUAGCAACAGCAGCAGUGGCGGCUUGGGCGGCGGUAACGCUAAUAAUGCAGCUAACGGAUCAGGCAAUCAAGGUAGCAGUAGCAGCAGCAGCAGCAGCAGCAGCAGCAGCAGCAGCAGCAAUUCCAGCAGCAGCAGUUCUAGCGGUUCCGCCUGUAAUUCCAUCAACAUCAACGCUGGUGUUGCGCUUGGCGGCGGUGGUGGAGGAGGAAACAGCAGCAACACCGCGACAACUUCGACUGCUAGCGGAGCAGCAACAACUCCCGCUAGCGGCGGUGGUGCUGGUGGAGGCGGCGGCGGCGGCGGAGGAGGAGGAGCAGCAACAACAGCAGCAGCAGCAGCAGGUGGUGGGCUCGUCAACGGCAGCAGCAGUAGCGGCACGAGCCUAAUCAACUGCCACUCGGACGACAACCGGCCGCUGGCGAUUUGCGUGCGCAACCUGCCGGCUCGCUCAUCCGACACCUCGCUGAAGGAUGGCCUGUUCCACGAGUACAAGAAGCACGGCAAAGUGACGUGGGUGAAGGUGGUCGGCCAGAGCACCGACCGGUACGCGCUCGUCUGCUUCAAGAAGCCGGAAGAUGUCGACAAAGCUCUGGAGGUGUCCCACGAUAAGCUGUUCUUCGGCUGCAAGAUAGAGGUGGCACCGUACGCGGGCUACUACGACGUCGACGACAACGAGUUCCGACCGUACGAGGCGGAGCUGGAUGAGUACCACCCGAAGUCGACGCGGACGCUGUUUGUCGGCAACCUCGAGAAGGACAUUACCGGGAGUGAGUUGCGCAAGCAGUUCGAGUGUUUCGGUGAGAUCAUUGAGAUAGACAUCAAGAAGCAGGGUGUGAGCGCGUACGCGUUCUGUCAAUAUUCGGACAUAGUGAGUGUAGUGCAAGCGAUACGGAAGAUGGACGGUGAGCAUCUCGGGAGCAAUCGCAUUAAGCUCGGGUUCGGCAAAUCGAUGCCCACGAACUGCGUGUGGCUGGACGGGGUAUCGGAUAGUGCGAGCGAGAGCUACCUGGCGGCGCAGUUCAACCACUUUGGUACGGUGUCGCAGGUGAGCGUCGACCGGGACCGCAAGCUGGCACUCGUGUACUACGAGCAGGUGCAGCAGGCGCAGGCGGCUGUGAAGGAGAUGCGCGGCGUGAUGUUGCGCGGCCGCAAGCUGCAGGUGGACUUUGCGUCACGCGAGUGUCAGGAGGCAUUUUUCGAUAAGUUAGAUAAGCAACAGCAGCAGCAGCCCGGAAGUGGUGGCGGCGGUAGUAUCGCUGGUAGCAGCAGCAUAUCGUCGUCCUUCGGAUCGCCCCGGUUCGGCGGGAGCGUUACAGGAAUCGCGACAAGCGGCGGCGCUAAUGGUAAUAGCGGUGGUAGUGGUAGUGUUAGUAAUAGCAACAGCACGAGUGGCGCUAACUCGGCGAGCGUCAACAGUAGUAGUAGCAAUAGUUCGAGCCGGAACCGAUCCGGUUCUUCCUUCAGCCGGCCUGGCCAUCCGCUCAGUCUCGGUGGUGGUUCCGGGUCGGGUACAAAUGCUGGCACGGUGGCAGGUGGUGCCUCGCCCCGCGUUGACCCGCUAUCACUUUCGUCCUCAUCGGCGUCCUCUGCGACAUCCGCGGCGGUUGGCGCCGGUGUUGGUAGUGGUGGUAGUGCACGGGGCGGUAACAGUGGGUCCGGAGGUGUAGGUGGAGGAAGUGGCAAUGGUGGAUCCUCGUCAUCGUCGUCCUCGCGAGCGAGAAUAGUGCGGUACUCGAGUGAUGACUACUACGCGGAAGGUGGUGUUAGUGGAACUCCGGGAGCUGUCAGUGAACGGAGAUUUCGCAGCUACGACGAGUACAGUCAAGGAUCAGCUGCAAGCUCGACGCAUGAGGAUGAUCGGUACGAUCAUCACGAGCAUAACAACAUUGGCAGCGGCGGCGGAGGCGGAGGCGGAGGAGGCAGCAACAAUUCUGGUACCGGAAAUGCUGCUUCUGGCUCGAGUAGUAGCUACAGUCGCCAUGAUCGAUUGUCUGGAAGUCGCCAUGAUCACCAUCAUCUCCAUCAUCCAGCAUCGUCCGAUUCACCUCCAGCUACUGGUGGUGGUGUCCUUGGAGGAGGAAGUAGCUUUCUCGCAUCCUCGAUCCAAUCCCGCCUGGGUGGGGAUGUCGACUCGUCACCGUCAUCCACCGGAAGUAGUCUACGAAAGCGCAGUGAAAAAAGCUCAGGUGGUGAUAGCAGCAACAUGCGCUACCUGCAGAAGGAGCGUGUACAUAUACUAGAACAGCUAGAAGAAUGCCCGUCCAGUGGCGAUGAGCUGGUGAGCCCGAAGAAGCGUAUCAAAUACAACUCGGACGGGCACCACAAUCACCAUCAUCACCACCAUCAGCAUCAUGGUAGCGAUUCUGAUCGAGACCGCGACCACCGGGAUCACCAUCUUCGCGAUCCUUCGCCCGGCACAACGGCUGUCGGUGGUAGUGGCACUUCCGGUGGCAGUGCUGCCAUGAACAGCAACAGUAGCAGUGGCGGUAGUCUGCACCAUUACGGUCACCAUCAUCAUCAUCAUCACCUCCACCAUAGUAACAGUGAUAGCGGCGGAGGAGGAGUAGGUGGUGGUGGUGGCCCCGGUGGUGUGGGGAGUAUUGGCUCGUCCAUCAGUGGCAUCCAAUCGUCGUCCGCGCUGACGCACCGAAAAUCGAUGGAAGUCCGCCGGCUGUCCGAAUGUAACCUCCUGCAGUCAUCGAAGCAAUCGUCCUCGUCGUCCUCCUCGAUGGGCGGCUCAGGAUCAGGCAGCCACAGCCGGAGACCAUCCACCGAUAACUCAUCGCUCCACCAGCGACACGGUAGCAGCAGUAGCAUUAGCGGUAUCAGUGCUUCCAAUAUGCAACAAUCACACCUGGAUGGUGGCAGCAGCAACAAUCAUUCGCUGUACUCGCAUCACCUGAGCAAGCGACGAAAAAUGCUCUCCGAUGGUGGAGGAAACGCUGCUGGUAGCAAUCUGUCGGCGAUGCCGUCCGGAACCGCAGCUAGCAAUGCGAACAGCAGUAGUAACAGCAGCAGCAGCACAUCAGCAGGAAGUGGCGGAUCGGGAGUUACGGGAGGAUCUACUAGUGGUAGUGGCGGAGGAGCGGGUAGCUUAUCCACGUCGAACGAACAUCAUCAUUCGUCACGAGGACGCGGUCAUCAGCUGCACUCGAUACAUUCUCAUGAGGCUAGUGGUGGAGAAAGCGCGGACGGAUCUCGUCCCGGGACGCCACUGUGUGACGAGCGACCGGAAAACUUGCUCCCGAGCGAACCCCGCCGGAUCCCGACGGCGCGAUCGUACAAUCAGGAACCGCUCGUAUUACCUCUGCCCCGGUUUGCGGUGCAAGUGUUGCAACAGAACCGUCUCAAUACGCUACAGCAACAGCAGACGGCGGGAGGCUCAUCGUCGACGACGUUGGGAACUUCGACCACCGGGAACUCGGCGUCUUCGUCGUCCUCGUCGUCCUCAUCGUCCUCAUCGUCGUCCUCCGCGGAUAGGCAGGGCGCAGGAGCAAAUUCCGUUGUUGCUUCCACGACAUCGGGGUCAUUUGGUACGACGGGAGGCUUGUCCAAUUCCGGUAGCAAUCAUGGCCAUUCGACUAUUACAAACAAUUCUAGUCUGCAGAACAGCAACAGCGCCCUGUCGAGCCCACCGCCGGCUGGCAUUGCAUCGUCCAAAUUGCAAUUGCCUCUGAACGCUUGCACAACGAAUGCAUCGGUGGCGUCAUCGACCGGAAAUAGCAGCUUAGUGCAAGCGAGCGCCAGCAAUGCGUUGCUGUUGGAGACAACGAAUGAAAUGGUUCCGGCAAGUCCCCCACCUCGUGCUCCAUCUGUCAGUUCCACAUCCAGCGAUUCGAGUGAUCUUGACCUGUCACUUGACGAACGCAUCAAGACGUUGGACGAAAAGUUUGAAAAAUGGUCCGGUAGCACGCAAGCCGCUUCUGUUGGUCGGUUGGCAACGAACAGUGUCGUCGUUGGUGGUAAUGGUAGCACUUCCGGUUCCGCGGUGAACAAUGCUGUUGGAAUCGUCGGAAGUGGCAGCAGUUCGAAUGAUCUUCACUUCUUGAACGAUCGUCAUCACUAUCCACAUUCAGGAAGCAGUAAAGGCUACUCAAACCAUCAUUCCUCCCAUCACCACCAUCACCAUCAUCAGCAACCGCAACAGCAGCAGUCCUAUCAUGCCAACAGCGUGGGUAGCAACCUGCUGAACAACCACCACCACCAUCACCAAUCGGCUCAUCAUCUACAAUCGCCUCUGUCGGUUGGAUCGUCGUCUACCUCCUCCUCUGCAUUGGCGAGCACGGCAUCGUCCUCCUUCCGGCACAAGUUUCUCGAUCUCGACGUCCAUGAACUUCCUCCAUCGGAUAUCGUCAAAUCCGUGCUCUCGAAGAAGUCGAUCUUUGACGAAGAUCUCAAGCGGCUAGAGAACAUUGACGACAAGUAUGAGCCACGUGAUUUUUCCAACUACUCGAAGAACAGUACCACCUUGGCUGCAGCCGGUACGAUCGCAGCUGUGCUGGGAAACACCGCCCCAUCUUCCGCUAUUGGCAGUGCAUCACCUGCACCGGGAAUGGGCCCGGCACCGACAAAUGCGCCAAUUAUAGCAAACCCAGUAGUUUCACUGGCUGCGUCAUCGUCCAGUACUAGCGCAUCCCCGGUACACCUAAGCUCAGUGAAAUCCACACUCUCCGCAUCGACUGUUCCACAACCGACGACACCAGCCCAACCAAGUGUACCCAUUCUAACUGCGGCUGCAACAGCAGCAGCAGCAUCAAUCGCAGCAUUUGCAACCACUGUAACGACUGGAGCUUCACCGGCAACGGUGGCAGCAGCAGCAGCAGCAGCCAGCAACAUGCAGCGUGUGGGCAGUGCGUCCGUGUCACCAAUGAAUAGCCCACAACCGUACAAUAGCCCAAACCCGUCGGUAAAAUCUUGCCUCCAGUAUCCUUUUCCCAGUCAUCCACCAUUGGCUUCGCAGCAAUCCGUAUCACCGUCUUCUGGAUCCACUGCUGGUACGACGACAACCACGAGCAGCAGCAGUGGCACUGGAACUACGACUUCAAUUGCGUCUUCAAACGCGUCACAAGCGACGACGACGGCAGAGUCGAAAUCGUCUCUGGUGGCUAGCAGCAGCAACAACCUCUCUAGUACACUGCCUAACAACAACACCGGUAGCAGCAAUAGCAAUAGCAACAGCAGCGGCAACAACGCCGCCACAACAGUAAUGUCGUCCCCGUCCGUUAAUAUUAAUAAUAGUUGUAACAGUACGACAAAUAGUAGAAGUUCAUCGCACACUGGAAGCGGUGUGUCAGCGGCUGCUUCAGCUGUGGCUGUUGCUUCUUCGACAAUACUAUCGACAAAUGCUGCUACGAACAAUGCGACGCAUUCAGCUACCGCAACAGUUGCUCAUGUUGUCGCCACUUCACUAUCUUCGUCGUCGUCGUCGUCGUCGUCGUCGUCGUCAUCGUUGUCGUCGUCAACCAGUAAACCAAAGACCAAUGUUUUAAAUAAAAGUAUUAGUUUAACGGAAAAAACAAGUACAAACGCUAGCGGUAACAACAAUAAUUUAAUAAACAAUAGUAGUAAUCUAAAUAGUGGUAGCAGCAGUAGCAGUAGCGGCAACACUAGCACUGAUAUUGGUGUUAAUCAUUUGUCUUCAGCGUCUGCUGUCGUAUUGUCGGACGUAGCAGGAACGACAGUAGCGAAUAUUACACACACCACCACCCAGCCACAGAAAGUGUCCUCUUCUGUGUCUGCCAGCGCGUCGGCUUCUUCUUUUUCGUCAUCGUCAACGGUAGUGUCGUCCAAUAGUAGUAACACUAAAGCGGUUGUGAAGAGUACCAGUAGCAGCAAUAAUGCGAGAACGAACAACGUGCCGGGAAGUACAAACGUGGGUACGGUGAAAAGUGGCGUCGGUGAUGCCCCUUCACCGCCCGAUGAGCUACCCAAUAUGCAUUCCAGUAGUAAUAGCGGAUCGGGAACCGGAUCCUCCUCGCAAAAGGAAGAACCCGCAAGUGGUGGCAGCAAGAGCGCCAGCAGUAAGCAUCACAAAGAUCGCCGAAAAUUGUCCACCGCAUCGUCUACCUCAUCGACGUCCUCGUCGAGCGUGGUAUCGUCACCUAAUCCUGCUACCGGGUCUGUCAGCGGAAGUGCCGCGUUACCUGCAGUGGACGAACCUGAGGAAGCUGCAGUACCUGUUGCGACAACACCAUCAUCAUCAUCGUCAUCGAAGCACUCCAGCAAGUCAAGUAAAUCGAAUUCCCAUCACCAUCAUCAUCACCACCACCAUCACAGUGGGGGUGAUCAUGGGCACCGGAGUAGCGGAAGUAGCAGUGGCCAUCACAGCCACCGUCAUCAUAGUGACAGUGUCAGUAGCAAUAGCAGCAGUAGCAGUGGUACAGCAAACAGUAACGUGAAGAGUUCGUACAAGGAACAUGAUCGCAACCACGUGUUACCGCCGGCUGGUAAUGAUCAUUUCGCUACCGGAGGUGGAUCCUCGGCUGUCAACAACAACUAUCGUGAUGAGUUUGAUCGUUUGAAGCAAGAGGCAGCUUCAGCGGCUUCUGGAGGCAACAGCACGACAUCAUCGAAACGAAGAGAUAAAGAUCGUGAGGAUCGUCCUAGUAACGAUGGUGGAGAAUCGCGGAAAAACAAAGAGGAUAGCACAAGUGGUCAUGUGGAUCAUCGCGAAAAGGAUAGCGAUCGUCAUGGUGAGGAAAAGGACCGAAAAGAUAAUCAAAAACGCGGAGAUGAGAUUGAGAAGGAGCAGGAAAAGGAUCGCCGUUCGACGAAAGCAAGCGGUGGUGGUAUCGCUAGUGAAAGUGAACAGCAAAAAGAUUCCUCUUCUACUCAAAAGAAUCAUCAUCAUUACCCACAUCAUGAUGAUCCUUCGCAGCAGCAUUAUCACCAUCACCACCGGGAGCGAUCGUCCGAUAAAGAUCGCCGGGAUCGCGUGAACUCGGCUGGCAGUGGAUCCCCAGCUAGAAGUUCCUCCAAGCGGCGGCUUAGUUCGCAAGACAGCAUCGAAUCGACGCUGGAAGAUGCUGCGGUUCUAAAAAAGAUACGCUCUAGCACACAAGACGGUAACGCAAUCAGCACAGGAUCUGCUAGUGGUAACGGUUCGAAGAACAGCGAAAGACGGGACUCUGGUAAAGAAAGCCGGAGAGAAAGCAGCAAGUACCAUCAUCACAAGUCGAGCAGUCGAGUGGCUGAAGGAGGAAGCAAUCAUCAUAAUCAUCGCUCCGAGAAAGUGUCGUCCAAAUCGAGUAGUGGAAGUGGAACGAAUACUACUACUAACUCAUUGACACCGAACGUUACAAACGCUAGCGAAAAAGGAUCUUCUUCCGUAGGUGCCGGCAAGCAUGCGGAAAAUCAUGUCUCCGACAAACACCAGCACCAACAGCAGCAGGCAUAUUUGCUUGAAGAGCGUCGUAAGGAGAUCAUGCUGUCAGGUGAUGAUCAUCACUCUACGGCUAGUGCUGGAGGUGCCAGUGUCACCACAGCUGGAAGCGGAAGUGGCAGCAUUUCGCACCAUCAUAAGCGUAAGGAGCGCUACCACGACAAGCACAAGUCGAAGAAAAAUCGUGAUCCAUCGCGUGACAAGGAAAACACGCUCAGUGCUAACUUUACUGCGGAUAGCUACACCGAAAACCGAUCGACAAGCGACGAAGAAGAGCAAAAUCGCAUACGUUACAAAAAAGAGCGGAAAGAAUUGCAAGAGUUUGCGAAGCAGCGCUACCACGGUUCAAGUUUGCUAGCUGCAGGAAUGGGUUUGGAUGCGGCUGAGUACAAAUUGGCAACGAGCAAGCUCAACUGUAGCGGAAGUACUGUUGGUGGCAGAAUUGAUCGCAAGUCCUCGCAACCCGUCAGCCGCGCGGAGUCGUCAGCUGAAGAGGGAAAAGAGAAGAAAAAGUGUCGCUCAAACAGCAGCCGGAAGGCGAACAGUUCCGAUACGGACGAUUCGGAUGAGCCGAAGAAGCACUCCAUCUUCGACAUUCCCGACGAUGGUCCAAACAUUUCCAUGUACGACAAAGUGAAGGCUCGUUCUUGCAAGAAUAUGCAAAAACAGGAAGAGGAAAAGAAGAUCAAAGCCAAAUUUUCCCAGCUCAAGCAGUGUCGCGCCAAGCGAGAGGGUAAAAACCGCUCAAAGAGUUGGGAAGAGGGUGAUGAUUCCGAUUCGGAAGCUAUGAACUCGGACACGACGAUCAACAGCAAGUACAACCAUCAUCACAAGGACCACAACAAGAGUGGCAUGGUGACUACAACCGAUGAUGAAGAUCACGUACCGACGACUCCUCGCUCGCGGCGAAAUUUCAAAGACUCCUCGUUAGCUUCGGAUUCGGACGAGGAUCAUACGCAUCAUCAUCACCAUCAGCAUCGGGCGAUGUUGAAUCGCGAUCGUUUGAACGAUCUGUGCGAUGAGGAGAGCAGUGAGGGUGGUGGUAACAUGAUGCUUCACAAUAAUGAUGAUCGGGACAAAAAUCGAGAGCGUCAGUUGCAGCAAAAGCAGCAGCUACAGUAUCACGAGAAGAAUCGUCGCCGCAGCUCAGGUGAGGAUAAGAAAUCAUCUCGCAAAAGCUCGCGUUCUACGCGGAUUCAAUCGGAUACGGAUACGGACGACGAUUCGAUGGCACGCGAACGAACAAAGUCCAAAGGUUUGCUGGAUAGCGCUGGAUUGGAAAACAGCAUGAUCUCGGAUGCUGAGUUCGAUCACAUCAACGAUAACAUCGGCCGUAUGUUUGCUGGUAGUGCUGCAAUGAAUGAUACGCAAAGCCAAUCUGGUGGUCAACUGGACAUUAAGAUCAAAAAGGAAAUUAAAAGCGAGGAUGAAAGCGUAGUGGAGGAUAAAAAAUUAAUAUCUAUGACGGUCGUGUCGACGACGCCACUGUCACCCUCUACGAAGCCUGAUGUUGGUACUCCGUUGACAACCGUGGGCGGUAGUGAACGUAAACCACAAUCAGCCUUCACACUCAUUGCCAGUGAUAUAUCGGAUGACGACCUGGUAAAAACAGUGAUCAAAUCGGAAUAUCCACAGCCGAAUGCUAUUGUGGCUACUUCUUCGGCACAUAUGGCAAUGCCGGUAACAUCGAUCAAACGUGACCCAAUCGAUAACGUGAUUUCGUAUAAAGCGUUCAAAGAACGCCAGCAACACCUAUGCGAUCAAUCAGGUUCGGAUGGUGGUGAUCUAACGCUGCAGUUGGCAGUGAAAACGGAAUUGAGUCAUUCUGAGUCGAAGAAACGCCACAAGAAGAAGCAGAAACGUAACAAAACCCUCGACGGAAGUGGCAGCUACGAGCAAUCUGAAAAGGAGAGUCAUUCAACAUCCAAAACCGAGAACAUUGGAAGUAGUGGAAUUACAGCUUCAACCACGAACUCCUCGAUGCCAGUGGCUACUGUUGGUGGAAAUGCGAGCAGUGCACCGUUGGCGACCCCAUCUUGCAUUGAGAGUAGUCAUCCUACUGGUAAUGCUGCUACAGGUGGUUUAUCGUUGGCAGAUGAGCCAAAGAAAUUGUCUUCAGAAGAUCAUCAUUCGACGUCUUACAACAAGAAGAAACACAGCGGAGGCAAGAAGGACAAACGACGCGACCGCACAAAGGAGGAAAGUGAGAAGACAUCGUCUUCCUCUUCGAGCCGGUCGAAGAAGUCGAAAAAUCGUCAUAAAGAUACGAAUAGCGGUGGUAUGAGCGGUAGCACUAGUAGUGCAGUUGGUGGUGGAAAUGGUUCUAGCAGUGCGAACAGCAAAUUCCUCGACAUGGAAUUGUUUGGCCCGAUUUCAGAUGAAGAAUCGCAACACUCGUCUGUGGAAACGGAAGCUUCCCGUGGCAAGCAGGGUUCGGAAGAGCCUGACGAUACAAAAGAUGAGGAUGCGCGAUCGGUUGUCAAGCAUUCCGAUGUCAAGGAUACGCCAGAACCCGUUAAACCCAAUGUGGCUGUUGUACCUCUUGAGUCACAGACUGUCGGAUAUGCUAGUGGUGCUGUAGAAGAAAAGCAACAUCUGAAUAAGAGCGAAAAGUUAGAAGUAGUCUCUGCAUCAGCAUCGGCAACCAGCGGAGACACCUCAAUUGACAAGGAAUCACGUAAACGCAGCAAGGAAAAGAAGAGACGUGAUCGUGAAAAGCUGCGCGCUUCUAUGGUGAUGCUUAAAGAGGACGAAAAUAGUGUCGAUCUUGACGAGGCAGGACGAGCGCUAGAGGCACAACUGAUGAGCGAUACUGAUCAGAAGGCGGACGAUAUAUCUCCCGCUUCGACGGUGGUCAGCGUGUCCUUGAGUGGAAAGCGACCGUCCGUUGAUGUGCUGGAUGUAUUUCGCUAUACUGACGGAGAUGACAGCAUGGAGAUGUCGUACAGCGAAAAGAAAGAAUCGCUGUCAGUUGCAUCGUCUGAGCACGGUCGAAAGGAAAAGAAGAAGAAAAAGAAACGCGGAAAGGACGAGAAGCAUAAACAUCAUCACAAUACCACUAGUAACCCAGGAACUAUCGGCAGUAGUAACGCUGCUACCAAUAGUUCCGCCAUUAAUAGCACUGGGUUGAAUUGUGCUGUUGUAGGUACCCUGGUCGGAAAUAGUAGUAGUGUAUCCCAGGGUGGUUUGGCGAGUAGUGCAUCUAACACCAGCAGCAGUCAAGCAAACAGUCAUCCACAACCGCAACCACCGACAACGACGCCCGUUACUCCCUCCAUUAACAAGCUUUCACUUGAUAUUAUAUCAGCUCAGCAGGAGGAUUCCAAGCACAACCUCAGCAAACCUUCACCAAGUUUGCCGUGUUUGCUAGAUGAAAGCCCUCCACCGUCGAAUAAGCAGCAGUUAACGGCACAAACAAAUGCCCGCGAAUCUGCUGGCGCAGCAACAGAUGAUGGACGAGCUCCAUCUUCGUCCUCUCCGUUGCCAUCGUUGACAAGAGGCAAUCGCGAUAUAGUAUGUUCUACGCCCACCUACGAACUAGAAGAAGCAUCAAGUAUGCAAAAAUCGCAAAACUCCUUCGGGCACGAUGAAAAAUCCAUAAUCAAAACGUCGGUGUCUGCAAGUGUAAAGCAUAAAGGUGACGGGCGAAGCGGAAAACAUUUCGGACCGGCUGGACACGGUGUCGACCUCGAUAAGCAACUACACGAAAAGGCGGUUAUGUCGAUUUCCGGAGAAUUCACCGAGAAGAUGGUCAAAUCGGAACAUGGCAAAGUGGUCUCCGGUAAAGAUGUUGAUCACAAACAGCGCGAUCAAUUGAACCAGAAGGGUGAUGAUUCGAAACAUCUUCUCCCUGAGGAAAAAUCUCGGGUGCUCAUUUCUCAGGAAGAAACGGAAGACGCUGUCGCGGCAUUGUUGGGCGAAAGCUUUGGUACAUCUUCGAACACUCCCGAUUUUUGCGAUAUGUACAGCGAUCCGGUAGAGGAGGAGCAGCUAUCGUCCCAAUUGCACGCGGAAGAGCCACCGCAGAUACCGGAGGAAGACGACGAAGAAAUGAAGAAGGCAAUCAUGAGUCUGAAUGCGGAGGAGCUCGACAUCAAAGAAGCAGAUACUCCGCAGUCAGAGCACGAUCUGCAGAUCGAUACCGAUACAGAGGAUACAAACUUAGAUGACGACCAUCCGUCUAGUUUGCUGCGCUUUGACAACCCACCGAAAACUCCUGAUGUCGAUCUUAGCCAACUAGGCAAACCGUUGAUCGAAGGAGCGCAGCUCAACAAACUAAGUGGAAGUCCUACUAACGCGAACGUUGUUCCUGACAAUGGCAGUUCUGCGAAGAAGAAUGAUUCAAGAGGAAAAUUGGAUAUGCCCGACACACCAGGAAAGAAUGUGGAUCUUGGCAACGAUUCGUCUCCUUCGCGCAGUUUGAUGGGUGAUCAAGCAUCAUCAAAAUUCACCAGAACAACGACGGUGACUACGAAAGAAUCUUCAAAAGCAGACCCAACCUCGAAGCCAUCAAGCGCUGUGAGUGACGGAGGGUAUACGGCGAACUUGUCGAAUCAAAAAGUCGUCAUACCAGUGUCUACUACCGCGAUAAAGGAACGCGAACACCGUACGACGAUAAAUUCCGUCAUCGGGCAAUCCGAUUUGAAACCAAGGGUCGUUGUCAGCAGCUACAGUACAACGGCAGCAACCACGAUGAAUCAGUCCGUUGUGAAGGUUGCUACCGCGCCAAGCACGCGUCCAAUCAAUACUGGCCAGUCGCCCCAACAACCGCCAACUACUGUGUCCAUUUCGGCUCAACAUCAUCCAACAACACCACCGAUCGUUCGACAACAGUACGUUGUGCAGACACCGCCAACUAUCACCAUUCCGGAACAGCACCCAAUUAUGUACCAUCCAGUGGCGACAGCAGCAGAUGCAUCACCUCGUGCAAUUGUACCGUCGUCGCCAUCAAUAACCGGUGGUACCAGCGUACAAUCGCCCAAACUACAGAUUGCGCCACAUUCUCCAUUUGCACGAACGUCCUCUCCAACCACCUUGAGGCAAGGAUCCAGCACGAGCAAUCGUCAAUCACCACAACUGAGUCCCAUCAUGCAACCAGGUGGAAGUCCUAUGAUCAUUCACCAUGGUGCGCAUAUUGUCAUGCACUCGCCCAACGCUUCCUCAGCGACUGGUACGUCAGUUGGACAACCGGGUUUCCUUGCACAGAAAUCCUUGACACCUACGGCGGUGGCAGGACAACAGUACCUUCACCAUCAUCAUUCAUCACCGGGACAGCGUUUGCCGGUGGUAACAGCGCAAGUAAAACCUACAGCUGUAGCUGGUGGUGGUUCCUCAAAGACCAACGAACAUCCACCGAUGAAAACGCAGUACAACACCGGUGGAAGUCCUGUGUCGAUGACGCGCAUCAUUACGGCCAUUGCUGCAGUUCCGGGAGCAUCGUCGGUGCCGGCUACGGUUGGGUUAGACUCCACUCCAACUAAGGCUAACAUUAUAAAUGUUUCAAAUUCCAAUACAAUGACCUCUACGGCGUCUGUAACGACAUCUUAUGCCAUGCAUACCGCCACCAAAUCGCUAGAAUCGUCGAUGAAAUCGGCUCAUACGACAGUCACUACGUCGUCCAACCCAGUAGGAACGCCUGUUAAGGUUUCCCAUCCAACAACAAUUCCAUCUGUUAUGCAAUCGAAACAACAAUCUCAAGCUAUUGGAACUGGUACAAACACCGUCACUACGCAAUCACAACCCAUCGUGGUUACGUCGAUGGCUCCAGUGUAUCAGAAAUCUUUCGCUGAGGCUUCCAACGUGAUCGUUGCAAAGGCUAAGCAACUCGAUACUACAACAACUCCUCUGAUCGGUGUUGGCACAAACGUCAUAUCGACGAUCAUGAGCAACCCUAACCAUCAAUCGGGAACACCGAUCGCGACGGGGUUGGUUUCAAAACCACUGUUUGUCUCCGAUGACUUAGCGAAGACACCAACCAAUGAAGCUAAUGCCGGCUCUGUAAAAUCAAUAACGGAGAAGAAAGACAAAGGCGUGGAAGGAAAAGGUCCUAACGACACUGGCCGCAAGCCAACGUCGCUGUUGGACGAAACGAAACCACCGUCAACAUCUGUCCAGUCGAUCAACGUGGAUGAACAGGAGACGGACUCGAAGGAAGAUAGUGAUUGCUGGUCUGCGAAGGAGAUCAACAUCGAUUCGGUGAUCAAAAAGGUGGAUGCGCUGUGUUCGGAAGACGAAUCAUCUUCUUCGCAACCAACUACGACCGCAAGUGGUGCUGGUGUUGUGGAUAAACAAGCAUCCACGAUCGAAAUGGUGGCUAAGGGUGGUUGCGAGGAUGCCAUGAAGCCUUCGCUAUCCAACAAGGAAGAAUUGGCAAAGGACGACCACAACGCUGGUAAGCGCACCAAAUCGUCGGCUAACGAAGAAGCCAUGAGUGUCGAAGAAUCCACAAAGGAAACGUCCAAGGUGGCUUCCGGUCCAACUGACGAUCAGAUACAUCAGCGUCCCAUUGGUGGGUCCAGCGCACCGACGGGCGAUGAAGAGGAGUGUGAUGACACCGCGAGCAGUGAAAUAGAGAAGGAAAAUGUAACUCGCACUGGCAAGCGUGGUGGUCGACGAGGAGGUCGCAAAACGUCCGAAAGUGCUCAUAGCGAGAAAACAAUUCCGGCUGUCUCAGAACUGGCGACUACGGAGACUAACAUCCAAACCCGAACUCGUGGUGGUAAAACACCUGGUGUUAAACGGGGUCGUGGUGGUCGAGGUGGUGGAGCACGUGGUGGAGGAGUGACAGGAAUGGUAAACGUACCACAUACUGUGACCACUACUCCGGUGUUACCAUCCGGAACAUCACCGGCACCAGGAACACCUAGAGCAGCCGGUGGUGCUAGAGCAGCUGGCAUGCAAGGCGGUUCCUCAGAUGUGUAUGAGUUCCACGACGAUUCAGGAGAGGAAGUGUCCAAUUCCGAGAAGCUGCUGACAGGUGCUGGUGCAGAUGGCGCUCGUCCACGGUUAAUUUUGACCAUCAAGAACCAGGCCGCAGCUACCACGGUAUCUACGGCAACUAGUACAAGUACUGCUUCAGUGACAUCGCAAGCUUCGACCAACUCAAGCACUACCAGCACUAACAGCACCACGAUUGUGACGUCCUCGUCAGUUGCCACAUUGGGCAAUGUCGCUGCAUCAGCAAACGUGGGAACGCCAUCAACCACAGCUGUCACAAUGGCUCCGCAACAAGGAUCCUCAACGGCAAAUGUGCUCUUGAUGUCACAAACACAACAACAGUUAAACCAACAACAACAACCGUCGACCACAGCGUCGUCUCAAGCGUCUGGUGAAGCAAAUGCUGUUCGCGUACCACUGGACAUCGAGAAGGAUGAAGCUGUGCUCGCUGCGAAUCCACCUGGUCCACUAUCAGCCGCUGCUGUCGCUGCUGCAGCAAACACUAGGAAGUCUAGACGACUGCUGGAGAAGGAUGGACGUAGCACGGUGGAUGAUAUAAUUGAGGACGUAAUACGUAAUGGUCCUUCGCCGAAGGUAGCAGGAAGUGGUGUAUCGCAGCAAGCACAACAUCAAACGGGACCCACAGUCCCGGCCAACAUUCAGUCUUCACAAACGUCCUCAGUUCCUGUUGCUCAGCAGCAGCAGCAACCACAGUCGACUGCUGUGACCGUCAACCAAGUGGGAGGAUUGGUACAACCACAGGUGGUCGUACAGCAGCAGAUUAUUGCUGCCUCGCCUGGAGGAACAGGUGAAUUGCAACAACACACGACACGCAGAACAACGCGGCAGAAUGCAACGGCUGUCAAUGUCGCUACCAGUGGAGGUGAUAUGCGUAAAUCGCCUCGCAGCACGCGGAAGAACAAGGACAGGAAGAUUUCCGAAACCUCUACCGAUAGCAGUGAUGAGAAACCUCAGCAAACAGCGGCAGGAACGUCACCACCAGUCACUCCACCUGGUGCCAGCACUACGGUCGUUAGCAAAACACAGGCCGAUCAGAAGGUGACGGACGAAAAGCAGGUAGCCGGUACGCUAUCUGCAACCACCCCUGUGACGCCUAGUGUGCAGGUGUCCCGUCCUAACGAAACUGCGUCCGUGGCGGACAAAUCAAUCUCUGAGAAAUCUAAAUCAACGGAUGAAGCGAAGGCACCGGCAGAGAUCGGAAACACAUCGCAACCGAACUCUCUCGCACUUGUCGAUCCCGUAACGGGUGAAAUGGCAGUUAUGCGCCACAGCAAGGAAGGCCAAUAUGUUCCUUUGCCGAAUGCACCACAACCGCUGAAGAAGGUGAUAGCAGCGGCUGCCGUACAGAGUGCAGCUGCUGCCGCCGAACAGCUGAAAUCAGCUGGAAGUACACCCAAUGCCGCAUCGCCUACACCACCCGUCAUGUUGCCAAACAGUGGUUCUCCCAAUAUCCCGAAUCACGUUCCGACAACCGGAUCGGUUUCGUCUCCUACAUCUGCGACAGGCAUGCAAUUGCCUGCCAGUAAAACGAUAGCGGCUGUGCCCAUGCAACAUCAACAACAGCCCGUCGCCACAAAGCCACACACGCUAAAGGCGCAUGUGUUGAAUUCUCAGCAAGCGUUACAGCAGCAACAGUCCCCCUUGCCACAACAACAGCAACAGAUUGUAAUCAAACCUGGCCAACAAGCUGGAGUGAUAACACCGCAACAAGGUACAACAUUCGUACCUUCCGGCUCCAUGGUCGGCAUUAAGACGGUUCAUCCAACAACAACAUCAACACCACUGAAGUUGACUACGCAAGCCACAACUACAACAGCGCUCGGCAGUGGACAGCAACAACAAAUUAUAAUACAAAACGCGCUUCCGGGCCAUCCGCAACAGCAUACGAUGGCAGUGGCAGGGAAGCAAACUACCAUUAUCAGUGGCAAAGCCAUGCCUGGUGCGAACGUGCAGCAACCAGUCCCUGGUGGUGUUGGAAAUAAUAUCCAGCUGCAUCAACACACUGGCACAGGCAAUCUGCUGAUCAACAUCCCGUCAACUAUGCAUCCGGCAACCGCUGUUCAAAUGUCGCCUCGUUUGCAACAACAACAGCAGCAACAACAGGUUGUUAUUGGCAAUGCAAAACAAUUGCAAGGAUCGCAGCAACAACAACAGCAGGGUCUUCAGCAGCAACCACAACAACAAUCGCACAAACCAUCGCAACACGUGGUGCAAAGCACUGUCGGAAGCUCUCCUCAGCAAAUAAUAAUCCACCGUGGAAAGGCAGCGGUUGCUGUCGCAGGUGAACCUAGCGGGGCGAUGCAUCAGCAACCGGUACCGGUCGGUUACACGACCGUUCUACAAAGCGGUAGUAAAAUCGUUCAACAACCAGCAGUCGCUGGCCAGCAAGGACCACCGUCAUCGGUUGGAAUUGGUGCUAUACCAUCACAAGUUCAGCAACAUGUCAUCGGAAAGCACACGACGACUGGUCAAACGAUUCAGAUUACUACCGGUGGACCAGGAGGUGUGCCUGUACACUACCAAACAGUGCAACAGGCUGGGCAACCGACGAUCGUGCAUAAAGGUGCGAUAACUACGGUUCAGCAUAAGAUAGUGCAACAGGCUACUUCAGUAGUGCAGCAACAGCCGCAAUUGCAACACCACAAACCUACUGAAGGUGCACCGGUCGCGUUGCAUAUGAUCGCCGGGAAAACUCCAAUCAUACAUCAGGUACCGACAGCUGGAGGCAAGAUUGUGCAAAUCCAAUCAGCACCGGGACUUCCCUUGCAACAACAACAGCAGCAGCAGCAGGGUGUCAACUCGUCUAGCCCGACUUCUGCGUCAGCUCCACAACAUCAACCGCCGCCAGGUUCACUACAACCGGUCGGAUUAACCAAGCUGUCCAACCAUCACGUAUCGACACCAUCGCCUCCGGCGCAACAGCAGCCUCAGCAGCAAGUGCCACCGACGAAAGGCAUGUCUCCACAUCUGCAUCAGGCUCCGCAGAUAUUAACCGGUGCGGUUGCCAGUCCUCCGCUCAAACAAUCCCAUCUUCAAGGGCAACAACCGAUUGUUACGGGUGCAAGCAGCACACGUGUGGCUUUGCCAACGAUGAGCCCCCAAGGACAACCGGGUCAUUCGCAGCUACCGCAAGCUACUAUUCAGCGGCAUAUUCUCACACCGCAGGGAACGGUCUACGAAGCGACCAACUUGCGCGGUGAAUUGAGUGGAUUCAUCAAUCGAGGCCAAAGCCCACCACCAGCUCAUCAGCAAACGUCUCCCAUAACACCGGUUCAUGGACCAGAUGGUGGUUUCCGCGGAGGAAUGCCUAGGGACUACGUGAAGUACAUGUACCGUAGCAACAUCCCUAUUCCAAGCAGGUCACCCAUGCGGGAGCUGUCCGAGAUGGAGGAAACGGUUGCUGCCAGUCCCCCGUUGGAGCUGCGCCGACCUUCCAGCGGACCCCGCACGACCGCCGUGCCGCUCAGCCUGCAAAGUCCCGGGGAUCGUGUCACCGAUUCCCCGCAAGGAGCCCAGGUGUACAUGGGAAGCGCUCGGAUACCGCAUCCCUAUCCGGAGUCACUGAAUGCUCGAUACUACGAACCAACGAUUGGAGGACCCAACGGUGGUGGAUCGCGUGCUCUGAGCACAGAACCUCCACCGGCACAUCGUCCACAUAACCUGUCGACGGCGAACUACGCCGGAGCGCCAUCCUAUUCGGUCACGCCGAGUCCAACACCUCCACCAUCGGCUUCGCCAGCGUCCAUGUUGCAUAUGCAGCGUGAGCGAGAACAGCAACAACAGCAGCAGGCGGUUUCUACAGCAGCGAUCCUUGUCCAGUCGGCUGCCGGUCAGCGUUUGAUAGGGGAACGAGUAUCGUCGGUGCCACCGCCAGGCAGUGGCUACUACUACCGUACUGACGUGGACCAUGAGCUAUCCGAACAGCUUCAUCCCGUUGCCCUCGGACAUGGUUCGUCUGCGGCAUCCGGUCCACUGCCGGCUCAUAACGCCGGUUUGAUUCCGGUAAUGGGUGUUCCGCAAACCGUGACUGUGGGAGGCCGUAACAUUCAGGUUGCGACUUCACCGAUCAUCGGAGCAGGCAACCCAGCCAUUAUCGGUGGUAGCGGUGCUGUUGGCGGAAGUGUUGGUGGACCCGUUGUGGCUCCCACACCACCGCCAGUGCAGAAGGAUUCACUCGACGCGUUGCUCCAGCGUUACCCGGUCAUGUGGCAAGGACUGUUGGCGCUCAAGAAUGAUCACGCCGCAGUACAGAUGCACUUCGUGUACGGGAAUCCCAACGUGGCUGGAAGCUCGCUGCCGAGUAACAGUGACGGUUCGACAUCGCCAUUGCGGAUCGCACAGAGAAUGCGUCUGGAACCGGCGCAGAUUGAUGGAGUCGCUAGAAAGAUGCAGAUGGUCAAUGAACAUUGCAUGCUGCUAGCGUUACCGUGUGGGCGAGACCGAAUGGAUGUGUUGCAGCAACAGAACAACCUACAGACUGGCUUCAUCACCUAUCUGCAGCAGAAGCAGGCAGCCGGUAUCGUCAACGUAGCUCCACCGGGAAGCGCCCAGGCGGCCUAUGUCGUCCACAUAUUCCCGUCGUGCGAGUUUGCUAACGAAAAUCUGGCCCGUAUCGCACCGGAUCUCAUGCACCGGGUGGCGAACAUUCAGUAUCUGUUGAUCGUCAUCGCGACGGUGUAAAUAAGCUAGGAAGUUUGCGAAGCAAAAGGAUAUACAUAUUUUGUUACAAUCAAACAAAAAUCAGAAACAACCGAACUAGACACUCACCGUAACGCUAGAGAGAUGAAGAGGAUUCGAGAGAGAGAGAGAGAGAGAGCGAGAGAGAGGAGAAAUGAGAUGAAAUUGGUAUUACAGGUGUAGGAAAUAACACACAUGUGUUGUGGAAGCGUUGCGAUUGUGUUGUGAAAGGAAAUAUUUACUAAGCAACAUAAGUGUGUCCCUUUUUAGGUGCAAAUUUAAACAGGUUUUACAAGGCAUUUCAUGAAGACGCACGCAGUUUGUAAAAGGAACGUUUAUUAAUCUAAAAUCGAAGAGAGAAAAAUAUAAACAGUAAUAUAAUGGAUGUAAACCAAAAGGCCCCGCAAAAUGUGAUUUAUCAUACGUCUUAAGUAUUACUUCUGAAUGCAACCACCACCCACCACGGCCUAGGAAUGCCACGCUCGGUCAUACACGGCAUGUUGCGCUGUACAAAUGCCAACGUCGUGGCGAAACAUCAAGCUAUAGGGAAAAGAAAAUGGAACUACUAAAAAUUACUUUAACCCAUCUUAAAAAGGAACGAAUCACAAUGAUGUUGAGAUCGUGGAUUACUACGCUGCCUCGCAAAUCAUGUUGAUGAAAGAUUCUUCGAUCCGGAUGGGCAGUACAAGGAUAGGUAUCGAGGCAAAUGACAUCGCUUCGGUAAACGUUUCGGCGAUGAUCGCGUUUUGGCACGUUUUUGUUUUUCAGUGGUGUGUUAUCCAUGCGAGUUAAUAGCAAACCAUCAGCAAGAACAACGAGUAACUACAAUUAUCUGAAUUCAAACUGUCGCAUAGAAUGCGCAACUAACUAUUGGCUGUUUCAUGUAAAUCUUGGUUUUAAAUAAUGCGAAGUGUUAGUGAAAGCAAAAGAGGAGGAUGGCGUAUGAUGCUGCUUUGGCAGCCAAGCAGAAAGACUAUCGACUGUGUUGGUUGCGCACGUGGCAGGUGGUACCGCUGGACGUGUUGAUAAAUAGCGGACAUAAGUAAAUCCUACUAGAAGAGGGUUAGUAGUGCACCUUCACGAUCCUUUCCCGGAUCCUACAUUUGUGUAAGCGCGGUAGCUACAUUUUAACCAGACGAACGUAGCUAGUACGAUGCACUUCUUUAGUUGGACGACAAACCGAAUUUUGACGAAAAGGAAGAAAUCGACGAGAAACACCGCAAAGAGAGGACACAAUAUAAGAAGUAAUACCCUUCGAUCCGGCAACAAACGCUCGAAGGAUGAUAAUAACGAAAAAUUUAAAAAACUAUCCUGCAAACAUACACUCAUUCACAACACAACAAACACACGCGCACACCCACACAUACACACUUUCACGUACAUAGGUGUUUGAGGAGCAGCCGCGCGACGUAAUGUUUAAGGAGACGAAUAAACUUUAAAAAAAAACGAGCUGUAUAAAGUAGGAAGGCAAAGCAAAAACAAAACGCAUUGAUAAUAUCUAGUGUCUAAGGUUCGAUAUAAUGAUGUUGUGUAUCGUUAGCCCACGUGAAGGAAGUUAAGAGGGUUGCGGAAGCUGAGGUGACAGCAACCGGAUGUUGUAGGGCGUGGAUAGUGGACUAGUGGAUGGAUAGAAAGCUUGAGUGAGAGUUGGGUUAUAGUUGUUUCGCAUUCUUCGUGUGAAUGUUCGCGCGAGUUUGGAGUGGAGUAAACAGUUGUAUGGUGAACUUGAACACAUUAGUAAUAUUAUUACCGCAGUACGAACAGAUAAAAAGAAUACACGUUCAUUAAUAUGUACACUGGGCAGAGAGAUGCGCGAGCCACACAUAAAUAUAUACACAUACAUAAACACACACAAACAACACACACACACACCGAGUAAGAGUUACACGUGGCAGAAAGGUAUAAUUCGAAUCGCUUGCCGUUGCUUCCGUUGGCACCAUUGCAUAGGAGGGAGUGUAACAUAAAAUCAACGCAUGCAAUGCGCGGUCAAUGGAGAGGCAUCUGGAGGCGUCGUAAAUAUUCAAAUACUAAGUAAUAAUACCUAGGGAUAAGCAAAUAGGAGUUACAUGAUUCAGGGGAACCUAACCGGUUCUGUGUAGGGAUCGCCGAACCUACACUAUAAUCAGUUUCCUACAGUUGUGUAGUGAUUGUUUUACUCUUUUACGCAAAAUCCCUGUAUCCUUUUCUUUUUUUACUCUCGUUGUAAUUAUUUUUCUUUCGUUUUUCGAUAUGUGUAAGAACUUUCGUAUGAUAAAACCGUUGUACAUAUAAGCUAUAUACGAAGGUGAGAUCAAUAAAAUCCAAACCCACAAAAAUAAAAAAAAUCACACAUGUAUAGCAUAAUAUACUUGGAAGGGACGGAAGCGUACGACGCGUGGGGAUGGACUGACGGGGGAGACUGUACGAAAGAAAGCAAUGUUGGUCUAUAUCCAGUGGAAUAAUCCUGUAAUUGAUGAAUCCAAACACACACGCAUAGCUGUUUCGUGAACAUUCAUUGUGUUGUGGCGCUUCAUUGUGUUUUUGGUUUUUUCUUUCCAUUCGUAAAUGCACGCAAAUGCAAUGUCAAUAAAUGGCGAGUUUGCGAAUGUUUAGACUAAAACUGAAAUGGUAGUGUAAAAUACUUUAAAAAGCGAGUAACAGAUAAGCAGGGCUAAGCGAUCAGGCAUCCUCAUACGGAAGUGGCAUUCAACCUUCCGGCGAAAGUUAGGGCUUUCGUUAUGCGCAAAUAUAAGUUUACUUCCGUUCCCGUUCAGCACAACAACCGCUGUUGAAUGGUUUUAGUUACGCAUUAAUCAUAGAGGUGCGUGCCGAAUCUGUUAACUGUAAAAAUGCGAACAUUCAUGCACAUUAAAGAAAAAGCUCAUUUUUUUAGCACCGGGAAACCCCAUCGCAGCGCUUUAUGCGCAUGCUUUCAUUUGGAUUGUAAAUCUAUCGAUCGCGUGGCAAAGAGGGGACUGUUUCGAAACAGCCGGAUUAUUGGUGGCUAGUGGCACGCCGAUUUUAAAUGAGCCUCGAUGGAAGAGGCUCUUGUAAAAUGAGUUUUUAGCUAGCAAAAUAACUACAACGAUCGAAUGUCGGUUGCCGCUGCUGCUGGCAUAUAGUGUGGGUGGAUGGCUUGGCGGUUGCGAAUCUGCCAAAUGAUGGUUGUUAUACAUGGCAACAUACAUACCACCUUAAAUAGAGAGAUAGAGGCAGGCGAUUAUGCAAACCCGCUGUAACACAGGGGCUACAAAUUUCGACUACCAUCCGAUACGAUAAUGGUUCAAAGUAGUGAAACUAGCAAAAUGAAACCGAAUUACUACUAAUUACCCAAUCCUGAAACACACCACACUAUGGAAAAUGGUGAAAAACAAAGUGUGGCCGACAGAGAUUGAGGGUGGUGUUCGGCUAGCUCGAACAUAGAAUACUGUUAGCAGAUACAUAGCAUACUGUUAGCGUGAAACCUGCGCCAAAUCAUAAAACAAAACUCACAAACAACAGAACAAGUAAAACACAAAAUAACAUACCAAGUGAAAUAGAAUCAAAUAGCCCCACAAAACCAAACCAUGAAGCAUAAAUAAUAAUACACAUUAUUAUUAACUAAUUGUGAUCAUCCAAAAUUCAAAUGAAGAAAGUACCUUUUUGUGUGUAUAUUGUGUACAUAGGAGUCUUAUAAGUAAAUGGAGGAAAGCGAGAGAAGGUAUAAAAUAAUUAGUCGGCAGAGCAGGAGGAUGGAAAUGGGUAGAGUUGCAGCAGGACGCAGACGACAAAGGACGAAAAACAACAAAACAAAAGCCGAUUGAUUGAUGAACUAAUUAUAUAGAUUACAUGAUAAUUGCAGAAAAUAAAAGU